AUGUUGGCACUUGGCCUUAGGCUUCUUCUUGCUGCCCCAAAGAUGGCAGCUGCUCUUGGGUCUGGUGAUGCAGUGAAUAUGUUUAAUGCGUUCAACAACGCCUUUCUGUCGAACGGUAGCAGCACCUUCUACAAGACGUCGCUGCAAAAUCAGUCCCCAGACGGAUACUGGGUAGGGGCACUGGACAACCAAGCGGCUGAAGAUGCUUACGACGUGACCGGCGAUCCUGCCUAUAAAACUUUGGUGAACAGUCUCUGUGAGACUUGGAUCGCCAACAAUGAGCCGCCUUGGGACUACGUUAACUACAACGACGACAUUGGUUGGGAUACGUUGGCGCUAAUCCGAGGCUACCGAAUAACGGGAAAUCAAGACUUCCUGAACGUAGCCGAAUACGGCUUCAACUUUGCCUACAGCCGAGGGUGGGACACCCAAAGCAACGGCGGUGGCAUCUGGGAAUGCCAACCUUCGGCUUGUGGUUAUUCUGAGAAAGAUGCUUUGUCCAACGACAGUCUCGGCAAGGUCGCUUGCAUCCUCUACCAAAGCACGCAUAACACGACCUAUCUGGACUAUUGUCGGGGGAUUUACGACUGGGUCUGGAAUAAUAUCUAUGACCCGAGCACUGGUGCGAUGAACUUCGGAGUCUACCCGUCUGGCCAAGUCGACACGGCACUGAACGCAUAUAACCAAGGGACAUGGCUCGACUAUGCCGGCUUGGUUUACGAAAUCACAGGCGAUGAAAACGUCAAGAACGACGCGCAAAAGGUUCUCGACUUUGCCAGGAACAACCUGACGUCGAACGGCAUCUUCAGUAACCAGGACCCGUCUCUUAACACCUGGGCAGACGAUAUGGCGCAUGGUGUCGCACGUUUUCUCUCAGACAACCGACUUUGGGGCAAUUAUUAUUCUUGGGUGGUCGAUAAUGCAAAUGGAAUACUAGCAAACCGACGGCCUGAUAUUGGUCUCACGUGGAAUGCAUGGAACCAGCUUACGCCAGAGGAUGAUGCAGGCAUUCCCAGCAUCUACGUGAGUGCGGUAGCCUGGCUGUGGUGGACGCCCACGACACAACCGGAUCAGAGAGUUGGGAUCCAUACUAUCGUGAACCAGGAGACGGGUCUCGCGAUCGAUAGUGCCGGAACCUUUGGGAACGGGGCUCAGGUGGUGCAAUGGGCCCUGAACAAUGGCCAGAAUCAGCGCUGGCAGCUAUCCCAGAACUCGGACACGUCCUGGAACAUCAUUAGCCUUUCGACCUGGGAAUCGCUUGACUGUCCUGGCGGGAGCACAGCUGAUAAUCUCACAAUGAUCCAAUGGCAACCCAGCAGGGAUGACAACCAGCGUUGGUGGAUUGAUCUACAGUCCGACGGCACCUACAAGAUAUGGAAUAAGCAGAGUGGGAAGGCUUUAGAUGGAGCUUCUGCCACGCAGAACGGGGCACCUUUGAUCCAGUGGGAUUGGAAUGGUGGGCCUCAGCAACGAUGGAUCCUUCAGUAG